AUUGCUGCGACGCCGAGCGUCUGAGUAAAUAGGUAAUGAAGAUGUCGUCUUCUGAAAUGACGACGCCGUCGACGCCAGCCAAUUUAACAACACAUUUACAUCCUUUUCUAAAGUUUAUACCUCCUCCUAUACCACCAGCUCAUCUUAUGUCUCAAGCAGCUUUUGAGUUACACAAAGCUCAUUUAAUGGACUUCUCAGCUCGACUUAGAUACCCGUCGAUUCCUCAUCUUCCAACACCUCAUCCUUUUCACGUCCAAUCACCUGAGCAGAACUUCCACAAUAUUUUCUAUAAAGAUCCGAGAAGGUUGCUUCAUUUGCAACACGAAGAACCGAAACCGGCUCACUCCUAUAUCGGAUUAAUUGCCAUGGCCAUUCUGUCAUCUAAGGAUAAGAAAUUAGUCCUAAGCGAUAUUUAUCAAUGGAUUUUAGAUAACUACGCAUACUUCAGAACUCGAGGACCAGGCUGGAGGAAUUCAAUCCGUCAUAAUUUAAGUUUGAAUGAUUGUUUCAUAAAAGCCGGGAGAUCAGCGAAUGGUAAAGGUCAUUACUGGGCAAUUCAUCCAGCUAAUGUCGAUGACUUUUCGAAAGGGGAUUUCAGACGACGACGUGCACAGCGUAAAGUUCGAAAACAUAUGGGAUUAACGGUUCCAGAGGAAGAAGAAUCUCCAUCGCCUCCACCACCCCCCACAAAUCCGGCAAUUAACGAAUGGAGAUUGAGGAUGCUCGCUCAGAAUCAAACGGAAAAUUCAUCAAAAGCGGUUGCAGUCAAUUUUCAAGCUCGGAAAAAGAGGUUAUUCGAUGUGGAAAGCCUUUUGGCACCGGAUACUCCGCCUCAACACGGUCAAGAGAGCGAUAUAGAAAUAGACGUUACCGACAAGGACGCUAGUACGUUGAUUAACAGCGACGACGAAAAGACGUCGUUGCGCGGUUCAUCCCCUGAGGGAAAUCAGGGAUCAUCUCCAGCCAUUUCACAAUGGAGUCACUGGGAUGAAAAGGUUCGAUGGAUUCAGGACGAAAAAAGAUCUUCAUCCGAAUCGCCUAUUCAACAAGUUUGAAUAAUCGAACAGUUUUACAAGAAACACUAGCUUGGCAGUAUUUUCUAGAAAAAAUAAAGGAAAAAUUAGACUAUAAAAAUAUGUAAUAAAAGAGAGAAGGGAAUAUUGGUUAAACGUUUUUUCAAGUCUUGUGCUAAAGUUAAAAUUCUACCCGAAAAAUAUGAAGGUCUGUUUCAUUAAUGUAAAUAACUUAAAGUGGAAAAAAUUCUUUUUCGCACUUACUGUGCAAUUCUUGUAAGUUUUUUUUGUAUCAGUCUGUUUUCCAAUUGAUUUCGUAGAAAUUUCAAAUGUUGUGUGCCACAAAAAAAAAUACGUUGUAAAAAUGCAGUUAAAACGAGCUUCAGAGGACUUCUUUUAAUGCAUACAGAAUAUACACGAUAUAUGGUGUAUAUAUUAGAUAUUUAAAAAGUAUAAAUAUUUUGAACUAAUGAAAUAUACUAUCGCAUAUUAAUAACAACAUAUAAGGUAAAAACUGAAUGGUAUAAAAAUAAAUAUAUUCAUAAACCUUUAUAAAUACUUG